AUGGACGGCCUCCCGGGCGCGGCGCCGCCCGCGCCGACGCCGCCGCCGCAGCGGCCGAAGCGGAACGAGUGGAGCGAGAGCGGCAUCCUGCGCCUGCUCGAGGCCUACGAGGCCAAGUGGCUGCUCCGCUACCGGGCCAAGCUCAAGUGGAGCGACUGGGUCGACAUCGCCCAUGACGUCUCCGCCCACUGCUCCUCCUCCUCGGACCACGCAUCCAAGCCCGGCGCUGAUGCCGGGGGCACUGCCAAGACGCCCAACCGGUGCAAGAACAAGGUCGAGUCCAUGAAGAAGCGCUACCGGGCCGAGUCAGCCGCCGCAACGCGCGCCGGAGUAGCCGGGGCGGCCAGCGCCUCCGGUGGCCCGUCGUGGCGCUUCUUCGGCCGCAUGGACAGGCUUCUCAAAGGGCCCGCAUCAGCCGGCUGCUCUGGCCAGCCGCUGGCGCACGCGGAGCCGACCUGCGAUGACAUGGUCCUGCCGCGAGCACCGCUGAAUGCAGAGCCGGAGGUCGACGCCGAAGCAGACGUCGCCCUCCAGCAGCCGCCGGACACAGCAGGGCUACUGAACGCGGACGCCAACGGCUCCGCGACGGUGAAGGCCGUGGAUCAGGCCACACACAAGGACAAGGAAAGCAGCAGGGCGGCCGACAGCGACGCCGCAAAUGUGAGCUCUCCGCGGAGCAAGGAGAUUGAGGCGAACGACGACGGCGCCGAGGAGGUCGACGGCACGCCGAGAAAGAGGAAGGGCCCGGAGCUUGACGUCGCGAGGAGCAUCGAGCUGCUGGCGAGCUCGUUCGUGAAGAUCGAGCGGGCCAGGCUGGAGGUGUACCGGGACACGGAGCGGAUGAGGGCAGAGGCCGAGGUGAAGAAGGGCGAGAUGGAGCUGAGGAGGACGGAGAUCAUGGCCAAGACGCAGCUGCAGAUCGCCAGGCUCUUCGCCAAGCGGCUCAAGGAGUGCGUCGGCAGCAGGAAUGGCGGCAGCUCCUCUGAAAUGGACACCCCCACCAAGAAAGGCGAAAAUGGUUCAGGGUGACUGGCCAAUCAAAGUAGCUGUGAUUCUCUUCCCUCGGCAAUCGCUCGGGUUAUAAACAGAAGAUUGGUGUCUCGCUCUAUUCAUGUGCGGAAAAUGUAUGUCUGAUUGAUUCAGCUUCACCAUGAGUGAAGGCAUGUUAUAUAGUUAGCCGUAAAAUCAAAACGCAAUAACGGAAACUUCGGUUCCCCUUUCCAGCAGGGUCUUAGAAGAUGCAGUUUUACAAUCAGGAGUAGUUUGCUAGUCCGAAAUUUGUCAACUUGCAUUCCCGCCGAAGUGUUUUACUGACAACCAUCGCUUGUAA